AUGGCGUAUUAUUCGCUUGCGCUAUUCAUUUGUGCCACUAGUAUUUCGACCGCCACAAAUGCCACUUCCACAGCGGUGCAGGAAAUGCACCGAAAUUACUUUGGCGGCGGCAUUUACGAUUUCUGGUAUUGGGACCUCGCCUGGCUGGUGUGGGAUAAACAGUGCGCCAAAUAUAACAUCACACGCGGCGUGGAUACGCGCAUUACAGGCGGCGAUCUGGCUGCGCCCAACAUGUUCCCCUAUCAGGUGGGGCUGCUGCUGUUACGCGCACCAAAAGUCUACCAAUGCGGCGGCACGCUGAUAUCCGUGAGUUAUGUGCUCACCGCCGCGCAUUGUUUAUAUAAGUCCACGCGCGGCAAAGUGUUUUUGGGCUCCAUCGACUUCGCCAAUCCGAUCACCUCGGCGGCGGUUUACAACGUGAGCGAAAGUGCUUUCAUCGUUUAUGAACGUUAUGUGCUGCAUGGCGGUCGUGAUGACAUCGGUCUUGUGCGUCUGCCCUCACCGGCUGCGCUCUCCGCCGCGGUACAGACAAUACCACUUGCGCCGCGCUUCAUGACACAGUCUUUUUUGGAGGGUGAAAUCGUCACCACAUCCGGCUGGGGUCUGACAAGUGACAGCGACAGUGAAAAAAUGGUGUUCAAUUUGUUGUUGUAUUAUGUAGAUGCGCCCGUGCUGGCGUUGAGUGAGUGCGCCUGCUAUUAUCUGCCCGGCUUGGUGCGUGGCCCCAACCACAUUUGCGCCAGUGGCGCUGGCGGACGCGGCAGCUGUGAUGGCGACUCUGGCGGUCCACUAACCUAUUACUAUCGCAAUAAAAGCUAUUUGAUUGGGUUGACCGCCUUUGGCAGCGCUGGCGGUUGCGAAAUUGGUUAUCCAUCGGUGUAUACGCGCAUAACGACGUAUCUCGAUUGGAUAGCUGCGCGUACGGGCAUUAAAGUUGAUUGAACGGAAGUGCGCGCAAACACUCUGCGUCAACUGAGCAUAUAUUUGAGCUUG